GGUCUGGUAAAUGCCACUUCAAAAUAAAGUGAGGUCAGCAGUUAUAGUAUGUUGCAUAAUUUUUAUCGACUGAAUUUAUAUCAUACCAAGUCGCUAUCUUGAUAUAAAAUGGCACCAAGGUGUAUAUACGAAUAGUUGUUCCGAUUGACUUAUUGUCAAUGUUUUUGUUAUGUGUUCAUUCAUAUUUUAUAUAAAUUGUUCUCUAAAGAGUUUGCAUAACAUAUCUUUGAGUGUAGCUAUACACUAUGAUUGUGAUGUCAUAUCAAAGUCGUAGGCAUAUCCAUUGACAUUUGUCCCUGUUACUACUCUCACUCAGAUGUAAAUUUUUAAGUGGAAAGUAUAUCCGUGGUUCAAAGCAGAUGGAGAACAUUAACCUGUAUGAGGAACUUGGAAGAGACUCUAUGGCUGUUGUCUAUAAAGGAAGAAGGAUGGGAACUCUGAACUAUGUAGCCCUCAAAUGCUGUGACAAAGCCAAAAGGCCCGAAAUUACCAACCAUGUCCGUCUAUGCCAAGAUCUGGAUCAUCCAAACAUUGUACAUUUUUAUGAGUGGUAUGAGACCAGAAAACACUUAUGGCUAGUGGUGGAGCUCUGCACAGGUGGUAGCUUGGAGUCCGUGAUUAUUCGGGAUGGAUGUCUGCCAGAAAAUGUUGUGAGGAAGUUCGGAUGGGACUUGGUCAAAGGACUGGAGCACAUCCACAAGUUAGGAAUCAUUUUCUCUGACUUGACACCUGCUAAGAUCCUGCUGGAUAGUAGCGGCAUGGUAAAACUGGGUAAUUUCUGUUAUUCCAGGACAGAGACAGACACUCUUGAAGAUUUAUUUUCAUUGUGUUCUACAUAUGAAGAAACGGGGAAAAGAAAAUUUGACAUUAGACACCAAGACGUCAAGAAAAGGUUUCAAGGCCAUCUAUCGUUACCAGGCUCACCAACUUAUAUGGCUCCAGAGAUUCUCCAGGGAUCUGAAACUACCGCACUCUCCGAUCUCUGGGCUCUUGGUUGUGUUCUCUACUACAUGUACACUGGUAAGCCACCAUUUUUCUCUACUAACCACGAUGAACUCACUGGAAUGAUUUUACAUCAGGAACCUUCAUCGCCCGUGCAGACAGUGUUUCCAUUCAGUCUUCCCAGUGAAGGUUUCCAAAAUCUUCUUAGAGCUGUACUCAUCAAAAACCAUGCUGAGAGGAUUAAGUGGCCAGACUUACUCAGGCACCAAUUUUGGACACAAGAACAAAAUAAGGAAGAUGACUUGGAGGAAGUAGAGGAGUAUGAUGAUGACGAAGAGUUUGUCGAGAGAAAAAAUGGCAGAAGCAGUGGUGUUUCACCUGUUCAGGGGUUUGUAACGACUUUGGAGAAGUCAACCUCAUCUCAGACAAAAAACAUAAGCAUUCCAGACAGCGGGAUAGAGACACACACUGCAGUCCGUGGAGUUGUGAGGAAGACUCAGGAAUCAGCCGGGACGUUGGCAGAGCCCCAAAAGGAGGAUGAAGAAGAAAAGACGCAAGAUAAAACUGCUACUCAACAAAUGGCUCAAAUACUGCAACUCGAGGAGUCAUUCACAUCAGAUAAUCCAUCAAAGUUCAGGCCAAAGAGUGACAUUGAUGAUAACACUGAGACAAUUUCUCUUCUCAGCUCCUGUGAAAUUUCAAGUGGAAGCUGCAGCAUCUCAGACUCUUUAAAUUGCAGUCGUUCUCCUCAGCGGAGUGACCUCCACAUUGUUAAGACAACAACUGGCACCAACAUCACAUCUUGUGUGAAAGCGCUUCUGCGUACUCAAUCAGACCAAACUGUUUCCUCAGUCAGCGUUUCCCCCAAGGUACAGCAAUGCGAGGCACACAUACAAACUCCACACAGGAAGGCCGUAGCCUGGAAUCAGUCUACAACGUCUGCAAUGUGAGGUGGACGUGCUAACCAGUUGACCACCAUGCUGCCCCGAGAAAGACAUUUUAGUUGGAAUUUGCACACAUUGCGUGAUGUGUUGUCAGGGUAGGCGUUUUACCUCAUCACACAACUAGAUGGCAUAGCUGUCUGAUCAACGCAAACAAACCACUAUACUCCUGUUUUGUGGCCUUAUUGACGAAAGGCACCACUUUUACAUAGUAACUAUCUCAGCUUACUCCACCAAAUAAGAAUGUCAUAAAAACUAUGUAUACUGCAGUAAUUAUGAUUUUGUUCAUAACCUCACAAUCUUGAGUUAUCAAAUGUGAACUCAAUGCACAGCAGCUAAUGACAUACAGUAUUUCCAGGUGAAAAUACAGAGGCGUCUGAGCUUUUGGCUUCCGUUUAUUAAUAAUGUAAAUGUUAGUAUAUUUUUGUUUGUGGACUUGGUAGA